CUUCUGAAUCGGGACAAAAGCAAAUAAGAAAAUAGUGGAACUUCAGGUGACCCCAACUCCUCGCGUUUCAGCCAGCUCUCUUCCCGAGCUGCUCAGUAGAGAUGGGCAUUUGGCUGCAGCCUGGCUGUAGUUUGUGGUUCAGGACUGAGAGCCCCUGGAGAAUGAAGAUUACGAACAGGGAUCAAGUUCCGAUCCAGCCGCCCUGAAAUCUUGCAAGCCAAUCACGCGAGACUGCAGCUCAACUGAGACCGUCCUCCCCCUCUGGCACUGGAUGUUGUGCAAACCCAGCAUAAGGAACAGCCCCUGCCCCAGAAAGAUCACAGUCUAAACAGACGCAGAGCGGGCGGGGAACCACAGGCAGAGACAAAUUAAGAGAUUUAUGCAAGGUCACCGAGCAGAUCAAAGUAACAGAACCAAAAAUGGAACUUGGGUGCUCUGAAUGCCAAGCCCGGGCACCGCCCACUAGACCACACUGCCAUCCUAAAGUCAGGGACAGCAUCGCUCCUGGCCUCUGCAGUCCUGGGACGCAGCUUCAUUUAGUAUUGCUUAAUAAAUGAAUAGCCUAACUCUGGAUUUUCAGCUUCUCCUUUCCACGCUGGCUCAGCACUCCUGGCCCGUGAAGUCUGCUGACUCCGAUUUGAUUCACACCCGACGCCAAGCAGUGGAGCUGCCCAGGACAUUGAUCUCCCAUAACGUUAUCCAGUGGGAGCGGUCAUGUCCUUCUUAUUUCAGCUUAUCUUCCUGGCCAGUCAUGCCCAGCAAGUCUUUGGCUCGUGGGGCGUCACCUACCCCCAAAGCCUGCAGAGCGUGCAGGACUCCUGCCUCCAGAUACCCUGCACCUUCAGCUACCCCAGCACAGAGAACCCCGAGGGUGGCAUUGUGGCCAUCUGGUACAAGGAUUACGAAAGCCAGCACGCCGUGAUUUACCACUCGGCCACUCCCAGCGAGGUCAACAGCAGGUUCCAGGGCCGGACCGAGCUGCUGGGCGACCUAGCCGGGCACAACUGUACCCUGCUGCUGAGGGGCGUGAGGAGCGAGGACAGCGGCAAGUACAACUUCAGGUUCGAGAUCAACCGGGGCAACCGGUGGUCAGACCUGCGUGGGGUGAUGGUGACGGUUACCGAUGCCCCCACCAGCCCGGCCAUUGCUGCCCCGGAAGAUGUAAGGGAGGGUGUGAGAGUGAACUUCACCUGCUCCAGUCCGUACGCCUGCCCAUACGAUAGCACCGCUCUGCAGUGGAGCGGCUACAAUGCCCUGCUCUCGACCGUAUCUGGGGCAGUGCAACUGGACACCGCUGGAGUGCUCAGCCGGCAGAUCCUCGUUACCUCCUUGUCAUGGCAGGACCACUCCAAAAAACUGCUCUGCGAAGUGUCUGUUGGCUCCAAGCAGGCAACCGGGGAAAUCGUUCUGCGGGUGAAACAUUCCCCGAAAGGCACAAAAGUGGUAAUCACCCCCUCCACAAAGAACAUCCGGGUGGGCGACAGCGUGUCUCUCACGUGCAGCGUGAACAGCACCUUCCCCGAGGUCACCGCGUACAAGUGGUACAAGGGCGGGACCGCCUUGGGGAGCCAACAGAUUCUGACUCUCCAGAGCGUUGCUCGCGAAGAUUAUGGCCCGUACCACUGUGAAGCGGAAAAUUCCGUCGGGACCGGGGUGGCGGAAGCAGUUGUUCUCUAUGUUUUUUCUGCCGUGGUCUCAGUGAGCCCUUCUGCAGAGAUACAGACAGGCGAGACGGUCACUUUGACGUGCGCCGUUCCCGGCGAGGAGAACCAGGAUCUCAGCUACACCUGGUACAAGAACAAUGUCUGGAUCAAGGAAGGCACGGUCCGCUCCCUGGUGUUUCACGAAGUCACCAGCAGCGACACCGGCUAUUAUUCGUGCAAGGUGCAGAACGACAAAGGGAGUCAGAUGUCCCAGGCCAUCAGCCUGAGCGUGUUCUAUCCCCCUAGGGCCCUUGCAAUCACCUUGUUCCAGGAGACGCAGGAAGGAAAGCUGGCUCUCAUUCACUGCACCGUGGAUAGCGACCCCCUGUCUGCACUGGCCCUUUACCGCAACGAGGCCCUCGUCGCCACCACCAGCUCCCAUGCAGCCCCCACCCAGCGGCUCAGCAUCACGGCUUCCCGCAACUCCUUGAAACUGGAGAUCCUCAACGUGCUGCCGGAGGACGACGGCCAAUACCGGUGCACGGCGAGCAACGCGUACGGGAACGCGACUGCUGCUAAGCUCUUCCAUGCCCAAACAGCGAGAGUGUUGAUCAGUCCCGCCCCGGAGGUGCGCGAAGGAGACACAGUCACCCUGACGUGUGUCACCACCCGAAGUGCAGAGGAAGGGCCCAGCUAUACCUGGUAUAAGAACACGGCGUGGCUGAAGGAGAGCUCCGAGAACACCCUGGUUCUCCCAGCCGCGAGCAGCGGGGACGCGGGCGCUUUCCAGUGUAAGGCCCAGACGAAGAGAGGCAGCAGCACCUCUCCGGCUGUCACUCUGCGGGUGCUGUUCCCACCGAGACGGCCCCAGAUGAGCUCCCUGCUAGAGACGCAGAACAGGCACCUGGGCAUCGUCCUGUGCACCACCGACAGCGACCCGCAGUCCGAAUUAGCCCUGUACAGAGGAGAUGAAUUAGUAGCUUCCACCAGUGGCUCCCGCUCAUUGACCGGCCAGAGGCUCAGGGCGACUCCAUCGUACAACAGCCUGAAGGUGGAGAUCCGCGAGGUGGUGCUGGAGGACGAAGGGACCUACGUGUGCUUGGCUAGGAACGCCUACGGCAAUGCAAGCACCUCCAUGGUCUUCAGUGCAGAGACGGCGAGGGUCAUCGCCACACCGGCCUCAGAGGUGCAGGAAGGCCAGGGGGUCAACCUGACCUGCCAAGUGAGCAGCAACUCAUCGGCCGUGACUAACUACAGCUGGUACAGAAAUGGCCAGUGGCUGUCCACGGGCCUGGCCGAUUCCCUGGUGUUCCAGCGGGUGGCCAGUGCAGACGCCGGGGUCUAUUACUGCAAGGCAACGAAUAACAGAACAAGCAGAAGCUCCACCUUGGUCUCGCUGAAUGUGCUGUACACCCCCAGGAAUCCCCGAAUGACCUCAUUCCUGGAGGCAGAGAUGGGCAGACUGGCCAUCAUCCGGUGUGUGGUGGACAGCAACCCCCCGGCCCAGCUGUCCCUGUAUAAAGGAGAUGAACUUGUGGCCUCCACCAGCUCCAGGACUGCAGCCGCCCAACGGAUCGGCAUCGCUGCCUCCCCGAACUCCCUGAGGGUGGAGAUCCGGGACAUCACGCUGGAGGACGAAGGGAACUAUCGCUUCACCGCUAGCAAUGCAUAUGGCACAUCUUCUGGCCACCUGUACUUCCGUGUGCAAACCGCCAGAGUUCUCGUUACGCCCUCCACGGACGUUCAGGAAGGGGAGGAUGUCUCCCUGACAUGUGAUGUGACAGGAAAUGCUCCAGAGGGCGCCAUCUACACCUGGUACAAAAACAGCCACCGGCUUCAAGAGAGCUCAGAGAGCUCCCUCGCCUUCCCUCACGUAACCAGUGGGGAUACUGCCUCUUACCACUGCAAAGCUCACAGCCCCGAGGGAACCAGCAGCAGCAUCUCCCCAUCCGUCCGCUUACACGUCUCUUAUCCACCCCGGGAGCCCGAGUUGACCUCCUUCCUGGAGACACCAGAUGGGCAGCUGGGCGUUCUCCAGUGCACUGUUGAUAGUGACCCACAGUCACAGUUAUCUCUGUUCAGAGGAGGUGAACUUGUGGCUUCCACCACUGGCUCCCACCGGGCAGCCGGACAGCGAGUCAGCGUCUCCUCAUCACACAACAGCUUGAAGGUGGAGAUCCAGGCUGUGGUGAUGGAGGAUGAAGGAGAGUAUGUGUGUUCUGCUAGUAACGCGUACGGCAACUCAACCACCUCACUGAACUUCACUGCAGAGACUGCAAGGGUCUGGAUCUCUCCUUCGCCGGAUGUCCACGAGGGGGAUGCUGUUAACCUGACCUGUGCAGUUGACAGUGAUGCCCCGGGGAUGCCGCACUACACCUGGUAUAAGAACAACGUAUGGUUCAGCAAGGGCCCUGGCAGGUCACUUACGUUUCCCAAGGUCACCACCGCUGAUGCUGCAUCCUACCACUGCACGGUGAAGACCCAGGAGAGGGUUAGAAGCUCUUCCCCAAGCACUUUGAACGUGGAGAUGAAGGACGUCAUGCUGGAGGACGCAGGCCAGUACGUCUGCUCGGCUAACAACACCUACGGCAGUGCCGCAGCAUCCGUGCGCUUCGGUGUGGAGACUGUCAGAAUCAUGAUUGAACCAUCUCAGGAAAUCCACGAAGGAGUCACAGUCAACGUGACCUGCCUGGUUGCCGAUUGGCUCGGGGGCGAGACCAACUACACCUGGUAUAAGAACAGCAAGUGGCUGCAGGAUGGUCCCGUUAGGUCGCUCCACCUUGAUAGGGUCUCCAGCGCCGACACGGGGUCAUACCACUGUCGGGCAGAGGGGAGGACAGGAAGUGCCGUCUCUGCCCUGGUCAGCUUGGAUGUGCUCUAUGCUCCAAGGAACCCAUCAAUGAACGCCUUCCUGGAGAACCGCAAUGCAAGGGUGGGCCUCAUCCAUUGCACGGCUGAUAGCAACCCACGGGCUGAAUUAGCCCUGUACAGAGAGGAUAAACUAGUGGCUUCCAGCCAAGGCCCACGCUCAGCAGGCAGCCAGAGGGUCAGUGUGUUUCCAUCCUACAACACCUUGAGAGUGGAGAUCUGGGACGUCACAUCAGCGGAUUCAGCAGAAUACACAUGCGUGGCCAGCAAUGCACUGGGCAACGUGACAGCCACCUCCUACUUCAGUGCGCAAACUCUCGCUGACCUCCGCUUGUACAAGAUCCUGGCCGGGAUGUUCAUCGCAGCGCUGGGGGCUAUUGUUCUAGCCAUUGCAGUGGUCCUGUUAUGGCCCAGGAUAACGAAGCUAGUGAAGCCGCUAAAAGACGAAAGCUCCAUGGAACUGACCGGCACAAGGGAACAAUCACAGGUUGACGACACCUCCUCGAUCAACAGAUAACCACGGCGCCUGGCAGCGCCUGGAGCAGCCUGCAUGGCAGCCGCACUGAGACUCCCCUUGCCCAGCUGGACCCGGGCAGCGAAGUUGUUCUCACCCAGUGGCACAUUUUUAGUGCUCGCCAUACUCGGUACGUCGCAUGUGUCAAAUGCGGGACCGCUGUCAAUACCCGGAACUGAGCCCGGGCUGUGAACAAUCCCAGGCUGUCUCCCUCCACAAACCCACGCCGUCCGGAGCACCCUCAUCUGUGCCCUGUGACUCCGCCAAGCCCCCACAUUUGCAAUAACCUCCCGGCGUGCUGCCAAACAGCUCAUCAGUCACAAAAUAAACCAAGGAGCAAAG